AUGAGGACCACUUCGUUUUCCCUCGAGGUCCUGGCCUUACUCUUCCUCACACUGAUCCCUUGGCCGGGGCCCUCAGUCUUCAAGAUAACUUGCUCUCGUGACAACUCAAAAAUAGUAAGAAAGGUUAUAGAAAAUAAAUGGCUCCCAGUACUAGAGAGGUUUCAGGUGAAGCUGCCACUGGAGUGUCCGUUCCAUCCAGCACGCGACAUAUUCGCGCCCCAACAUGCAGCCAAGCUACAGCACAGGCCAUCGCAGUGGACUUGCGCCUUCUGUGGCAAGUCUUUCUACGAAGAACGACAUCUGGACACGCACUUCGACCAGAGACACAAGAACCAGAUUAAUAAGGCGGAAGAUGCAGUUUGCCUGGCAGACUAUUGUGACAUCAUGCGGUGUCAGGUGCUCGUCGCACAUGGCCUGCUCAGUGGCACUGGUGGACCGAGCACCGAUAUUGAAAAUUUGCUUCAGGUAUGGCAAGACGUGGAAUCAGUGAAAAAAGCGCUGGCACCAGCGGCGACGCGGAGCGUGGCCAGAGUAAAUGCAAGAAGACGUCACAGAGCACGCACCGCGCCGCCGCCCCCCAUAGAAGACUGCCCGCGGUCAGAAGCUGACGCACGAGAGGAGGAAUCAGAACCAGAAGAGAAAAGAACGGAAGAUAAUGAUAGUGACGCUAAUCAGACGGCAGAGCUGUGUGAUGCGGAUACCGUGGAGUCGUCGCUACCUCCCGACAGUCGACAUAAGAGGCUGGCAGACUUGCAGGCAGAGCGAGCGGCGUGUGACCCCACCCGCCUUCAGACACUCAAGAUUCGCUGUGAAAGAAUAGUUCAUUCGUGCAUAGCGACACUUCUUCUGCACCUCACUCAACAUCAGUUCACCGAGCUUGAAGAGGAAAUGCAGCGCGCUGUGUGCUGGUACCUGAGCUGCGACCGGUACUGGGAGGACACAGCGCCCUCGGCACGCGCCUUCCCCUGGCCACUACUGCUGGCCCUGGCUACCGGCCUGGCGCUAGCACUCUGUAUGUGCUACUACAUCAUCUGGAUUGUGUUCGAGCUGCCUUAUGUGCAGGCGUUUCUCAUUAAUACAAUGGUCGAUCAUCUUUACCUCCAAGAAGCGGCUGAAGAUUUCCCGGAGCCUAGGAGUCGAAGAUCUAGCUCGGAAGAGGGCAGCGUGGCGGGCAGCGCGUCGGUGUCGAUGACGACGCACUCGUCGCCGACGCGCGGCGAGCGGCUGGCGGCCGACGACGCGAUGCUGGACGACCCGGACCACGACGACCACUACAUAUACGUCACCUACCCACCCGAGCUCAAGCGCCGGCUGCUCGAGAGGUACGACGCAAACAAACUCACUCUCAUCAUACUGUCACCUUAUAUCAGACAAACGCGAGUAGACUGA